GUUCUAUGUGUUUUUCUGCUCCGUGUGCAACCAGGGACCUGAGUACAUCAAGCGCCUGCCCUUGAGAUGGGUGGAUGUCGUCCAUCUCGCCCUCUACAACCUGGGCGUACAGAGCAAGAAGAAGUACUUCGACUUCGAGGAGAUCUUGGCCUUUGUGAACCACCACUGGGACCCGCUGCAGCUCGGGAAGCUGACGGGCACCCCCAUCUCAGAGCGCGGCCCCCACCUCCUCAAUGCACUCAACAGCUAUAAAAGCAGGUUUCUUUGUGGGAAGGAAAUCAAAAAGAAGAAAUGCAUCUUUCGCCUGCGCAUCCGCGUCCCGCCGAACCCCCCCAGCAAGGUGCUGCCAGAGAAAGCCCCCGGCGCGGGCGAGAGCAGCUCCUGCGAGCUGAAGAAGAGGGGAAAAAGCAAAUAUGUCCAUAAAGACAGCCUGCUACCGCGGCAGCUCCAGCAGCAGAAGCGGCGAGCGGCGCGGCGCAAGAGGGCCAAGUUCCUGCUGGAGGAUGCCAUUCCCAGCAGCGACUUCACCUCCGCCUGGAGCACCAACCACCACCUGGCCAGCAUCUUUGACUUCACACUGGAUGAAAUUCAGAGCCUGAAAAGUGCCAGCUCGGGGCAGACUUUCCU